AUGACAGAAAGACCGCUCUCGAUCACCACGCAGAUCGCGACACCGAUCCAGGCCACCUUGAACUCUGCCGCGUCAGUAUCGGCGAACGAUGCGCUUCCUGCCACCGAGUCCCUAGAAGAGGAGCCUUACACCAUCAAGUGCAUCUGCGACUACUACGACGACGAUGGAAAUACGAUUUACUGCGAGAAGUGCGAUACGUGGCAGCACAUUGAAUGCUUCUAUCCCGGCCGUGUUGACGAUGCCUCAAGAGAAGAAUUUGACCAUUCUUGUGCUGACUGCAAACCGCGACCGUUAGACAGGCGGCAUGCGACCGAGAGGCAACGGCAACAGCGGCAGAACAAACUAGCCAGCGAUGGCACCAGCGAAAGGAAAGGCAAGCGCCCCCCUUCGAAAAGCCACAAGAAGAAAAUGAAGCCGUCCGAGCUUCAAGUCAACGGCGUUCAUGACCACGAUGGCCACAAGAACGGCAGCCCACACGAGAAUCAUCAUCCACACCCGAAGAAGACGAAAGGGCAUCGAGCGAGCCAGUCCCUCAGCUCGGUCAAGCGCUCUCCUCCUUUCCAUGCGCGCCAAAACUCUCACGCCCACCCUCCAAGUCCGGCCCAUACACCACCGGAUCUACCUCAGGACUUCCAAGUCCACUCUUACUCCGACAGCUUUUUAAGACUCUAUGAUGACGAAGAUGCUGUUCAGCGAAACCCAACCAAUUCAUUCGCGAGCCUGUCAGUUACAAACUCGAUGUCAUCGUGGCUUCGGGAUUCGGAAAGCCUACAAAAGGAUACCGGUAUCAAGGACAAAGACGAAGUCUUUCAGUACCUUAAACUACAAGUCCAUACGCUGAAAUGGCCGGAGCUGGUUGUAGACCGGAAAGACGCUACACUUAACGACGCAGCUCUCUCGUGGCGGUAUCUAACUACACCUACAGCCCUUCCGCACUCCGGUCGCAUUGGGGAGCUCAAUGGCCUGGUUGGGUUCCAGAAGGACUACUGUGAAGAUAUGGAGAAUAAAUGGAUCGAGAUGGCCCAUCCACGACCUCUAAUCUUUUUUCAUCCCCGCCUCCCGCUUUUCAUCGACACUCGACACGAAGGUUCAAUCUGCCGGUACGUUCGCCGCAGCUGCAGGGCGAACACCAUUCUCGAAACCUUCAUUGCCAGUGGAUCAGAAUAUCAUUUCUGGCUGGUUAGUGAACGACCGCUUCGCGAGAAUGAACAGAUCACGCUUCCAUGGGAUUUCCGCUUCCCAUCCCAUCUACGUUCGCGAUAUUUACAUCUCCUGAACUUGGGUGAUGAUGACGGAACUCCGUUUGAUGGCUCGGGAAUCAGCGAUGCCGAAUACGAUCAACUCACUGCUACAAUCAGUCUAGUCCUUUCGGAUCAUGGCGGCUGUGCGUGUGAUCUUGGUAACGACUGCGCUUUUGCUCGUUUUCACCGAAACUACCACGGGAGAUCGCAUGGUCAAUCGAACGGUGUAAAGUCGAAGAAAGGUCGGAAACCCAAGCAGCAUCAUGUCUCACCAAGCAGUACCGGGCAUGCGACGAACAGCCGUGCUGCUAGUGAAGGGCACCCAGAACAUGGUGACGAUGAGGAUAAUCGCUCAGUGUCAGGUUCAAGUCGAAGCAAGCCUCAAAGUCGGGAUAUGACGCCCCUCCAUGGCGUUGGGGAGACCAACGGCAUUACCCAAGAGCCGUCGGAUCGCGAGAAGAGGAAGCUGGCAAUGGUCGAAGACACCUUUCGCAAAAUGGAGCAGGGACAGCCACCGCGGAAAAAGAAAAGGGCCUCAGAUGGGUCAACCAUGGGCUCAGCGGGCAACUCGACAACGCCACAGCCUCCAAAGGCGAGGAAAGGAUCAAUUGCACCUCGAACGUCGGUCUCACAGCCGCCAACAUCGGCUGCGAAUCAUCCACGGGCCCGACAAUAUGUAGAUGCAAGCACAUCACGGCGGCAAUCAGGGUCCCCAUUCAGCGCCGCCUCGCCAACAACUACCCUACCCUCGCCAGAUAACCUAGUCUCUCGAAACGCAUCUACACCUAACCGAUCACGGCAAGCCUCAGCUGUUCCUAAGAGCAUUUAUGCCGAUUCCUCGACACAGACUGACGAGGUUGACAAUGCUUGGUGGAAGCAAUCGAAGCCGAAGACCUCGAGGACGGUUGUACCUCUUGCAAAACGUCUUCUUAAGAAUCGCUCGAGAAUUCGCGCCCAGCAGGAGUCCCAGGUGAACGAGGCAGUGGCCAUGAUAAAAGGCACUGAAGAGCAACCUGCGCAAAUAUCGCUGGUGGUUCCGAUGGAUCUGGAUACCGUAGUGCAUGAAGAACACGCUCUAGAGUCACCGACCGAUUCGAAGGAUCGAAAGGUCAGCAUUUCAUCAUCCACGCCGUCGGUAGAAAUCUCAUGUGUGGAUGUGAAUAUGACCGAAGCACCUGCGAUCGUGAUCGGCAAUUCAAUAAAGCCGCCGCCUCCACCAUGGCCUGGCCAACCAAAUAAUACCGCACGGCGUGGGUCUUCUCCCAGCCAGAAAUCUCCAGACCUGAGAGUCCAGAUGCCUCCUACGCCUGCCUUUACAACGCCCACUUUGAAUGGGCCUCUUUCAGGGUCUGUUACGCCUUCGUCUGCAACCGGGUCGAUAUCUCAGUCGCCUCUUGGAACUGUGCAUUACCCGAGUGCAUUCGCAACGUCUACCGUCAAUGGUAUUGGCCAGCAUUCUAGUCCGAUCAAGACGACGAAGAAACUCAGCCUGAGCGACUACAAGGCGUCUCGGAUGAAGCGGAACGAAUCGUCGAAUGCUGUGAAGCCAGCCGAGGGAAGCAGUCCAACGACAGCGUUAGCUGCCCUAAAAUCUUCGUUAUCAACAAUCGAAGAGUCCAAAUCGAACCACGUCUUAGACAGCUCUGCCAUCGCUGACACACCAAUGCGCGAAAAGAGCGUUGAUCCACUGGCUUCCGCACCGAAGGCACCGGCAUCAUCUGGACAGACGAAUGGCACUUUGUAA